AUCGAGGAGGCCUCUAAUAUUCCCCCCCUUGUGCUGCACGUCAUAUACUUCAGCCAUUUUGGCCCAAGCUGUUUUGUGGCGCGCGGGCCUGCUGGGAAGGUCACCCCGCUGCGUCUUGUGUCAGGCGAUUUGCGACGGGCGGAGGGCGGCCACUGCGAUGUGCGACGCCAUCGCCUCCCCCGGGCAGCGCGUCCGAGCCGAGGCGUUUCCAGACUGCCCCGGAGGCGCCUGGCGCAGAGAGUCUGUGGGCGAGCCACUGUGCGACGAGCAGCCGUCGCACAGUCGCACGAUCUCUGGGUCCACACGCGACACGGCCGCGUCGCCGUCACCCAGGAGACGCUUCGUGUGGGCCGACGAGGACAGCGAGGAGGACGAGGACCUCGUCCAGGGGCCGAGUUGCCGCGAGGAGUCGUGCCUCGAGGCGGUCGCAUGCUGGUCCGGCGGAUUGGGCGGGCGCCCCGGAGGGUCUUCGCCAGCCCGCACCGGCGCCCCGCAGGCUGCGGCGCCUGCCGAGUGGAAGCCGAACGCGCACGCCCCAGAGUUCAUCCCAACAACCGGCAUGGACUGCGUGGUGGUGGGCGUGCCGUCUGCACGCUCGCAGGGGCACACCCCGCCUCUCCUCAUCCUCGGCGUGGCGCCGGCCGAGCAGGUGGCCCAGCUCGUUGCCCAGGCGUGCGGCGCGGGCGUCCAGCCCUCCGCAGGGCCAGCUCUGGCUGGCGACGCUGCAGGCGUGGCCAGAGCACCGCCUCCGCGGAGGCGCAGGCACGCCGCGAAGAAGAGCCUGCCCGCGCAGAUCUGCGCGUCGCCCGCCGAGUUGGACAGCCAGGCGUCGACGACCGCCAGCGGCUGCAGCAAGGGGCUGCACGACAUGCCAGAGGCGACGGAGGAGGAGUGGGAGCACCGCGCCCGGCAGCGUGCCCGCGCGGUGGAGAUCGGCAAGGCGUCGAGGGAGUACCGGCUUCGCUGCGAGGCCGAGAGGGGCUGCGGGGUCGGGGAGCCCGACGAGCCGAAGACGCCGGACCCGCGCGACCGCACCGUCAGCAAGCGCACGUGGAAGUUUCUGCUGCGGGAGUGGCGCGGCUCCUUGGCGGGGCGUGGGCGCCAGCAUCUCCUGCAAGGUCCCGAGAGCGUGGUGUCCACCGAGGAAUGGCAGUCGAUGGGUGCUGCCACAACCGAGGAGCCAGAGAGCGUUGCUGCGAUAUGUGGCAACAGCGACUCGGAAGGCACGUCAGACAUCUGAGAGCCAGCACUGGCCAGUCUGGGAAGGAUGUCAACGGCGAAAGAGCGGAGAAGAGCAAUGGGAUCAAAAGGCACGAGGGUAAGGAAAGCUACGUGGCAGUGUUUCUUCGCCCCCUGUACACGAUGUAGUGGUGCGGGGAAGCGCGCCAGCCAUUCGAGCAUCUUGCCCCUGUCUCCGACCCCCCUGCGCAUUGGCCGUGAAGCAGGCAAUUGCUGUGGUCAUUGGGUGCUCAUCGUUUUUCUCUAUCUCUCUCUCCCUCUCUCUCUCUCUCUCUCUCUCUCUCUCUCUCUUCUUUCCAGAGACGGCGAUCUGCUCUGCGGCCUGCGUGUGUGUAAAACACAAAGGGCGAGCUUCGUUAGUCAGCCCGUGCGCGGGACCUGCGAGGCACUUCGCGUAAUUUGUCUUCGCCGCACUUGUUUCUUUCGGUCUGGUUGCGGGGUAGCCAGGUGCAAAGAAGCGCUGGGGUGCGCGGAUGUUUGAGCAGCUUUUAGCGGCCACUGUACUUUAGGAGAAUACGUACUUGCUUGCGCUCGUGACUACGCUGGCAGAUGGCUGCAACAGUGUACCCACUUGGCGGGUCAAGAUUUCAGCAUGAAUAGCGGAAGCCUGACCUGGAGGGUUGUCGCAAGAGCCUCUUCCGAACCA